CAUAAUAUGUCGAAUUGUAGCAGCAUGAAUAUGACAUUACAUAAAAAUAUAUAACUAUAAGAAGAUUGCUCUUUGCACUAAUCUCCCUGAUUCCCCCAGCAAAAGGUUUGAUCCUGUGUAGUACUCCCCUGCAUUACUAUCCCGCUGUAAUCCCAGCCAUCCUCCACCCAUUCCCUUCCCUGCACGACUCUCCCUCAAUACUAUGUAAGGAGCUAAUCUUCUAAAGUGGAUGCUCGACUCUUCACAUAAUGCAUCAGUGUGAUGCAGUAUCAGAACAGCGAUUGAAUCUCACAUGAGGAGUCUCUAGGGUUACUGGCUGUAGGAUGGCAGGGGUGUACAGGCAGGACGGUGGCUGGGCAUUAGCAGUGUUGUUCGCUGCUCUACUCACACACGUCAUCGUGAUGGGGAUGACAUUCUCAUUCGGUAUCUACUUCGUCAUUUUAAAAGAUGAUCUCGAGACCUCGCACACAACUACCCUGUGGAUCGGAGCUCUAAACACAUCCCUCGUGUUCAUAGGAGGUCCUCUAGCAAGUGUAAUGCUGAACAGAUAUGGAUGCAGAUUUACAAUAAUCUUGGGAGGUCUUCUCUCUGCUGCAGGCUAUAUAAGCAGCUACUUUGCAACAAAACCCUAUCACCUUGGAAUCAGCUAUGGAAUAGUCACAGGCCUUGGGUUUGGCUUGUCCUACACUCCAUGUGUUGUCAUGGUCGGGAGGUAUUACAAGAAGUGGCUCUACCUGGCAACAGCGGCGGCUUGCACUGGAGAGGGCCUGGGAUUUGUUCUAUUUCCUAUGAUUUUUAACAAUCUGAUUGAGGAGUACCAGUGGCAGGGUUCUAUGCUUAUAAAUGGUGCUAUUUCUCUAAACAUUGUACUGUGUGGAGUUAUAAUGAAGCCUUUGAAAGCUAAAGAAGAGAAUGCAGAUGUACUUAAUUUGACGAUGUUCAAAGAUCUCAAAAUGAUGCUGUUUGCUCUCAGCAUGGUCUGCUGGAACAUCGGUGUUGUCAUAGUAUCGUUUAUCGUAGCAGAUUUCUUGGUGGAGCGCGGCAUCGAACUGAGAAAGGGCAUUUAUCUUUUGACUAUAAUGGGAAUAGCAAACAUGGUAGGACAUCCCUUUGCUGGGCUGACGGUGUUUUGUCGAAAGUGGCCGUAUGCAAACUUGUGGCUGUACACAAUUACCAUUGCAAUUACUGGUACAGUUGUGAUGCUGUUUAAUACUGGAGAAUCUUUUAGCGCUUUUGUUGUUUAUGGAAUCGUUUCAUCUCUUGCACUUGGGGUUCAGUUGGGAUGCCUGGCGAAUGUUGUUAUUGAUCUCUUUGGGAUAGAUGUUUUUAACCACAGCUUUGGUUACCAGAUGGCAUCCCAGGGCGUCGGUAACCUCAUUGGACCUCCUAUUGCAGGUAUUCUACGCGAAAAGACCAAAAACUACGCGGUACCAUUCUACUUCGGUGGAAUUGUAACGAUCUUCUCAGCUGUCAUCAUGGUAGUGAUCUUUGGCAUGGUCAAAGCACAAAAAAGGCGGGAGUCGAGUGGCCGGGAGGAAAAUGAGACUGUGCAAAUGAAUCUAGUGGGAAAUCAAGAUGCAGCUACGACACUGUAAGAAUGAUCUCACGUGGGUUUGAAACGGUGGCUUCACUUUUAUGGCUGAUCGACGAAUCGGGGUAGCUGGAGGUGAAGUGCGUUCCUGGGAUAUGCU